GUCAGCUUUCGCAAGCGCCCCCGAGCGCCCGGGUGUACCAAGCACCUCGGCAUGCGGAGCCAUGAGCCAGCUGCUUCCACCUUGCAGCUGCAGCAGAGGCUCGCCGCAGCGGCUUGGCCCUCUAGAGCUCCAUGGUGACUGGGACAAAGUCCGGAAUGGAGAUCAAGAUAGUGUAUCACCCAAAGAGAAGAUGCUGCUCCAGGUUAUGGACAGGCUGUCUGGCAUUGAUUUGCGGGGCACCUUCGACUUGGAUGGGACUGGCAUGGUCAGCACGGCUGUCCUGAGGCGCUCGCUGGCCACCUUUGACCCACAAGUCUUUUCGGAUGAGUGUCUUGACUUGCUUCUCCGGCCCAGCUGCGCCAACGGAGAGCGCUCUGUGCACAUCCUUGACGUUUUCGGGCCUUUCUGGCAGCCUUUCUGCCAUCGACUGCAGCAGCUGCAGGAGAAGGUUGCACAAACCAAGCGACAAGCACAGAAGCGCCAGGUGCAGUUGGCCCAGACGGCACAGGACACCACCGAGGAGCUGCGCGCGCAGCUUGAGAUGGCGCGGCAGUCCAGACGUUCAGGGGAGGCCGAGCCGGACAGGCAGAUGCUGGAGCUGAGGGGCCGGCUGCUGGAGUGCGAGCAGGAGAAGCUCCGGCUGGAGGAGCAGCUUGCCCAGGGUCCCACCCUUCUUGGUGGACCGGCAGAGGUGACGGCGUUGCCAAAAGGGAAGUCUUUCCAGACCGAACUUGGCAACACUGGCCUUCGACGAAAGCGUACGGCCUGGCGGGAAGAGAGUGAUACCACCGAUCUGGCACAGCAGCUGCUGAAAGCCUCGGAGCAGAACCGCAAGACCUUGGAGGCGGAGGUGCGCAAGGCCUUGGGCCGUUUGGAGCAGGUCGAGCGGGAGAACCAUCAGCUGCAGCAGGAGUUAGCAGCUGCGCAGACGGAGCUGACGCAAAGCCGAUCAGUCUCGGCAGCCCUCACGGCUGCCAAAGAGGAACUUGCAAAAUGCCAGAGUGACAAGGAGGCGCAACUUGCCACGGCUGCUAGGGAGCGACAGGAGGUACAGGAGGAGCUUGCACGACUCGAGGGUGCCUCUGCCACACAGCGCGAGGCCUUCCAGCAACAGCAGCAACGCCUGCAAGAAGCCCUAGGGCAGACAGAGGAUCUCCGUGCAGCCUUGCAGCAGAGCUCGCUGGAGGCGGAGCUCCUUCGCCAGCAGCAGGGUGCUGCAAGCGCCAGGCUUGCAGAGCUGGACGCCGAGUCAGAGAGGCGCCGGAGGAGCGAGGAGGCGGCAAAGGCAAUGGAGGCUCGCGUGGUGCAAUUGGAGGAGGAGGUCGUGGUUACUCGGGAGACGAUGGCCGCGCGUGAGAGGGAGGCAGUCGAGGCAGUGCAUCACGCAGUCGCCCGGACAAGGGCAGAGGCAGAGGAGCAAAUGGGUGGGCACCUCGGCGGCCUGGAGGCGCAGCUGCAAGCUACAGCCACGAAGCUGCAGCAAGCGGAAGAAGACAAGGAGGAGCUGACAGGCUUGGUGGGCCAGGUGUCCACAGAGCUGAAGCAGCUGCAGCGAGACUUGAAAGGUAGAGAGGAGCAGGUCUUGGAAACUCGGCAGAUGUCGAGCUCCCGGCUGGAGGAGCAGCGGCAGCAGUUGCUGGAGCAGACAAGCCAGAGGAAAGAGUUAGCAGAUCGACAUGAAUUUCUAUCAGGUGACGUUAUUCGAUUGAAAUUGGAGAAGGCGACUUUGGAGAAGCAGCUAGUGCAGCAAUCUGCAGAUGCCGCGCGCAUCGGGCAGGAGAACAAGGCGCUGGAGGAGAAGGUGGCAAAGGCCUCGCGCUGCGAAGCGGAGUUGAAGGCUGAGAAUCAACGCCUGCAGCAGGAGCUGCAGUGGCAGCAGCAUUGCCACCGGGAGAGCCAGAAGCAGCUUGAGGCUGCCAGGAAGGAAACGCAGGAGUUUGCACUGGAGGUCUCACAGAGAGGCGGCCUGUCAGAUCAGUCAGAUCAGCUUGCAGACCUCUCCUGCACAUUAUUGCGAUUAGAAGAACGAUUGCGCCAAAUUUCUGCGCCAAGGCCUUCGUCCAGCUUUGUGCCUUCGUCAAACGGCGUUUUGGAGUUCAUCGGAGCAGAGGCUGAGCUGAGGGCUUCCCAGACGCGGCUGGCGGAGACCAGCGCUGCCCUGGCAAAGGCGCUGGGCCAGCUGGAGGCAAUGGAGGCCAAGGCGGCUUUGGCGACCGACCUGGCGACGGAGCUGCGGGAGGUGCAAGAGCAGUUGGCAUCCUUGACGGCCGAGCACUCGGAGAAGAGCGAGCAGCUGAAGCGGAGGGAGGAGGAGCUGGCAGCAGCCAAGUCCGAGCUGGCAUGCAAGGAGCCGGCUCCACUCGAUCCGCUCCAAAAGGAGCUGGCGCUCGGCCCGCGGAAGGAAAGUACGGACGCCAAGCCAAGAUGUAUCAACUUUGAAGAUGCAGACAACGUGCAAGGAGAUCCCUCGGAUGGCCAUGCCAUCGAGACGGAACGGGAGCAGCUCCACCGGGAGUUGGAAUGCUUCGCGGAGGAGUUGCUGUCAACCCUGGAGGGGCUGGACAGUCGCCGGGCCGAGGCCUCGAUGCGGAAGGGUUUGCCGGAGCAGAAGGCCGAGGUCGAGGCCACGAAGCAGGCGCUCGCGACUCUGCAGGGGCAGAUCGCCACCUUCAGCGAGCACCUGCUGGACCACCGCCCUACAAACCGGCGCAAGAAGGCCAACGACCAAAAGGGCAGGGGCUCGGCCAAUCAUUCCGCCACGGCCUUCCAUGUCGUGACACAAGAGCAUAGCCAGCUUCAGAUCGACCACGAACGACUACAGGAAGAUCUGCAAUCCCUGACGGAGAAAAUGAGUGCAACACAGGCCGAGCUGGAGGAUGCACUUGAAGCGCAGAAGCGCAUCCAAGCUGAGAAGCAGGCGCUGGAAGCCAAGCUUGCGGAAAGCGAGUCAGCCCUGGUGGAGGCACAGAAGCAGCUAGAGCAAAAGGGACGGGAGGCAGCGCAGGCAAUCGAAGCUGCCAGAGGGGAGACGGCACAAGAGAGGUCCGCCAGUGAAGGCCAGCGGAAGGCCUUGGAGGAGGAGAAGGCGGCCUUGUUGGAGAAGCUAAAGGGGAUGGAGGUGCACGUCUCUGACUUAGGUGGUGAGAAGUCGGAGAUGCUGGCAAAGCUGCAGAGCCUGAGCCUGCAGCUUUCAGAGGCCCAGACUCUGCGUGCAGAGGAGUGCCAGGAGAGUGAGCGAACCACCCAAGCGCUCACCCGCCUGUGUGACGAGAUGUCCAGCUUCAGUGAGCAGCUGGCCGGUCAGUGGGCGGGUGUCAGCUUCGAGCCUGGCCACCACGAGAACCCGCACACGGCAAAAGAAGCACAUGCCACGUGCCGUGCGCGCUGCAGCCAAGUGCAACAGCAACUGCAAGCCUGGGCCUCGCUGCGCAAUCCAAAGAAGCAGGACGUGCAAGACGAUGCUCUUCAAGAAGAGCUCGCAAAGGAACGGGCACAGAGUGCAGCGAAGCUGAAAGAACGGGAUGCUAAGAUCAAGGCUUUGCAGGAGCAGAUGGAGGAGGUGAGCCAUCAACUCAGCCAGGCGCAGACAGACCUGGCGCAAGAGCAGCUGGACGCGGCAGAUGCGCUGGUGGAUGCAGGCGAGGACCUCACCGUCUUGGAGUGGGAGAGCGGUGCGCAGAACCGGCGCUUGGAGGCUCGGCUCGCAGAGAUGGAAGAGCUGUCCAAAAAUGCUGAAGAGACAGUUGAGUCUCUCACGCAGGAGCUGGCGCAGCUGAAAGCUGAAAGCAGCAGCAAGCUGGCAGAGAACGAGAACAAGCGGAAAGAGGUAGAAUACUUUCUGGAGGACACCGCGCAGCAGCUGGCGCAGGCGCAGGCGGACGCUGAUCAGCGCGCCCUGGAUGCAGCCACUGCGCUGGCGGCAGCCAGCGAGGAGUCGGCGCGUGAGAAGGCGAGGGCGGAGCACGCGGAGGCGGAGGUGCGACGACUGCAGAAUUUGCUCGAAGACUCCGAUGCGAGCCCGCAGUUUGAGUCACAGUUUCUCCUGCCACAGGACCGCUUUUCACGUUCGCUUGGCCCAGCUGAAGACUCCGAAGGUGGCAUAUCCAUGUGGCCAACGUGUCCCGGGGCCCAGACUUGUGCAUCGCAGGCACCUUGCCUCCCAAAGCUGAGUAGGUGCGCUGCCGUUGGGUAGUUUUGGACGUCCUGCACGAUAGGAGUUUCCAUGGUCCCCCUUGACCAGAUGGUUGCAGAGCGUGCUGGGCCUUUGCAUAGCGAAUUCGAUCGGGCCCAGUUUGCCGUUUCAAGCAGAGCCUUGGGUCCUUAUCCUGAGUCCCAC